AUGGGUCGUACCUGUGAGCGUUGGAUCCCCAAAUUGGGGAUACCGAAAAUGUUGCGAGGCAUGUGCCUCUGCAGGCGAUACCCGCAAACCUUGGCCGGGGAGAAUGUGGCCAGCCUUUUCUCGUCAGGCAGCGCGUUCGAUGAUCCCAUAGGAGACAAAGUGGUAUUUGGUGGAGUGAUAGAAUCGGAUGAUGAUCAGGACUUCAAAUCCUCAAAAGAGCGCCUUCGCCGCUUGGUAAAGCGGUUGGACGCACUCCGUUUGGCACGGUUGUCUGUGGCUGUCCUGGGUGUUGAGAGGGCUUGCUCUGCUCAGCCUGUUGCCAACGACGCGUCCACCUUUCCAACAACCCUGAUGAGGAAAAUACCAGAAAACACCCCAGAGCCGAAACACUCAUCAUCAGCGAUACAUGGGUGGAACAAGAGCCGCCGUAUGUAUCAGAUCGAGAUUGAGGUUAGAAUUGAACGAUUUGACGGAAGUUAUGGUGGUGAUCGCGCUCUGUUAGGCAUUACUACGGCCACUGGGGCAAAGGAGCUCAAUCACCACCAGCGCCAUGCUGGUAGUAGAGGGGAUGAAUCAAUCCAAACCCCUAACACCUUGUUGGAGGUCCUACACAAGCCCUAUUCCACGUGA